AUGGCCCACGCAAAAGACUCGUGGACUGAGUCACUGCCUAUCGUGCUUCUCGGAAUACGUUCUGCGUUUAAGGAAGACUUAAAAGCCACGUCUGCGGAACUUGUUUAUGGGGAGCCUCUUAAUCUUCCUGGUGAUUUCUUCACAGACAAUCAAGAUAAUAGCAGUACGAACGACCCUACUAGCUUACUAGAUCGUCUUCGCAGUGUUAUGAAUAAAAUCCGUCCAGUACCUGCAUCUCGCCACUCAAAUCCACGAUCAUUUGUUUUUGCGGACCUUAAGGACUGUUCACACGUAUUUCUCAGGGAGGGAGGUGUCCGAGCAGCACUUCAACCGCCAUAUCAAGGUCCCUACGAAGUAAUUGCCCGAAAUGACAAAACGUUCACAAUAAAAGUUCGAAAUCAACCAGUUACGGUGACGAUUGAUAGAGUAAAACCUGCCUACCUCAUGGUGAACGAAAGCACAACCGAUAGCCAGGCACAUGCUCCACCAGCGACUGCCCCGAAUACGCCCAAACAAAAACAACCGCCUAAUACCGAUCCAUCAACGCAGCCAGUACGAACAACUCGCUCAGGCCGCCGAGUCAGAUUCCCGGACAUUUUUGACCCUAGCUAA